UCUCUCUCUCUCUCUCUCUCUCUUUUCUUUUACUUAAAGAACCAAAAUGCAUCUUCCCUUAAAUAAAACUCCACUAAUUUCUCUUUAUCUAUUCAUGUUCUGUCUCAUGUUAUAGCGUUGACUUUAUGAAGCUUUGAAAUUGGACACAAAAUUCUUGCCAUUUCUCUUUAUUCCCAUUAGCUAGCUAUGGCUGACCAUACCAUAUCUAUUAUCUGCUUCUUCUUCUUUUCUCCUGCUUUAAUUUCCUUACGAGAUGAAUAACACAUCCAGCGGUGGAGGAUUUCUUGGUUCUAACGACAUUGGUGGAUUUGGCUAUGGCAUAGGAGUAUCGAUCGGAAUUCUAUUACUGAUCACAACCAUUACUUUAGCUUCAUACUUCUGCACCAGAAACCAUCAGCAGCAGCAGCAAUCGAUGCAGACACGAAGAAGGAAUAGAUCAGAAGAGCCACCCGACGAUCGACUUCAGGAUAUUGUUGUUGAAGUUGGGAUUGAUGAGGCAACUCUAAAAAACUAUCCUAAGUUGCUAUAUUCUCAAGCUAAACUUCACAACACAGACACAACUGCUACUUGUUGUUCUAUAUGCUUGGCGGAUUAUAAAAGCACUGAUAUGCUCCGAUUAUUGCCUGAUUGCGGUCACCUCUUCCAUCUCAAGUGUGUUGAUCCGUGGCUGCGUUUGCACCCUACUUGUCCUGUCUGCAGAAAUUCUCCAUUGCCGACUCCACUGUCGACCCCUCUUGCAGAGGUUGUUCCAUUGGCAAGCAGAAGGGAUUGAAACAAGAAAACUGUACGUUCAGGUCCUUUUUCUCAAUUGCCAUUGAUCUUUAUACUGCAGAGAGCUGUUGUCUUUGAUGUGAUUUCUUUUCUAUUCUUUUGUUUAUGUAGUUCUUGAGAAUGAAAUUUAGACCACACAUGCACCCUGAUUAAUUCACAUAUACAUUUGUUCAGAUAUAUCAGAUUCAGGAGUUUGUGCAUGGAAUGUAAAUGAAGGUCGGUGUUCUAGUGGUAGGAAAAGAUGAGAAAAAUUACAUGA